AUGCCUGAGCGGCACCAUCGAAGACACCACACCUGGCCCCACUGUGGCUCCGAGCUAUGCAUGCGCGAACCCCGGCAGUUUGAGGUACACGUGUCGAAGCCUGACGAUGGCCCUGCAGUCUAUAUUCCAUCAACAGUUCACCCACCAAUAGCAUAUCCUAUCAUGUCAGACGAUCUACUCUGCGAUGACAUGGGAAUGCCAGAAUUAGCCCGGCAGCCAAAGCGAAUGUCUCGUCUCUGGUUCAAAUCCUCCGACAAGACAAGCAACGAGGAGUUCUCGGUAUCGGGUUUUUCUGGUCCGACUUGGAGACAGGCUCCCCGGCGAGUAUUUCGCCGCUUGACUCGUCGGCCGCCUUUAAGUAAAAGCAGAUCUCUGUUUGUCGUACCUUCAAAUAUGAUGGCUGUCGAACCAGACGUGGUCUCUGCUUCUAUACCACCACAACCCCGGGCUCACCGGGUCGUGGUCUCGGGCUCGGAUAGGGGGAGAGCUGUUACUGCUGGGUCCGACGCGGCACGUUUCAUGGCAGAGAGACGACAUCGCAGAUGUCAUUCCGAACAGCCACGUGCAUGGCGCAGACCAAGUGCAACAAUUUGGCCACUGCGAGAGCAGGAGGAAUAA